CAACAGAUACAAUGGCAAGGUCUUAUUUUGCUGUGUCCUUUUUUAUUUCUGCAGGAAAAAGGUAACUUCACUUAUUGUCCAGCAACAGGUCUGGCUGUAGGAAAUGAAUGUUCAGAGUUUGCUGGCUGGGCAUUUCCAUUUCCAGGAGUGUUCUUGCUGGAGGAAUUUAUAAGCCAAGAUGAGGAAUAUAAAAUGGUUCAGCUGAUGGAUCAAGAUGACUGGAAACUAUCACAAUCUGGCUGAAGGAAGCAGGACUAUGGGCCCAAAGUGAACUUUAAGAAAAAGAAGCUGAAAACUGGUGGCUUCUUUGGCUUGCCCAGUUUUAGCCAGGAGAUUGUACAGCGAAUGAAGGCUCAUUCUGCAUUAGAAGACUUCUUUCCUGUUGAGCAGUGUAACCUGGACUAUCUACCAGAAAGAGGUUCUGCCAUUGACCCACACUUUGAUGACUGGUGGCUUUGGGGGGAGCGACUGGUUAGCUUAAAUUUACUCUCAAAAACGGUGCUGUCCAUGUCUUGUGAAUCAGAGGAUGGUCUCCAGUUAGUUGCCAAUCACAAGCAAGCAAUGGGGGAAUCAAAUCCCUCUGCCUCACCUCAAGCUUCCCAGAGCCACAAACAAAACCACCUUCCUUCCACAACAGUAUGUGAAAAUUUAGCCAGUUGGGAUAUUAAC